GGCACAGGCGGGGCCGGGGCCGCGAUGCUGCCGGCGCUGCCGGACGGCGAUGAGCGGGAGCUGGAGAGCAGCGAGGAGGGCGGCGGCGCGGGCGAGGAGCGGCGGCCGGAGCGGCACGGCUGCACCUACCACGGCCUCUAUGGCUACCGCAGGUCCUCGCAGGCGGGAGCCGCCGCCGGGGAUGGCAGUGCCGGCGGCACCGUGGCGCACACACCCUCCACCGAGGACUUCAGCCUCUCCUUGCUGGACACCAACCUGCCCGCCGAAGCGGAGACGGAGUUGCGCAGUUUCAUCGCUAAGCGCCUUACUAAAGGAGCGCUCUUUGAAGGAAUGGGGAAUGUAGCAUCAGUGGGGCUGAGCAUACCAGAAGGUAAAGUUGGGUGUUACUACUGUAGUUUCCAACAAGAAAGUCUUCUGGAAAUGGCAACGUUGGAAUCAGACAUUAAUGCUCCAGAAUAUGUGGUUUGUUUCUUAGGUGGCUCAGAGAAAGGUCUGGAACUUUUCAGACUAGAGCUGGACAAAUACAUUCAAAAUCUGAAGAUAAAUCUUGAUUUGGAGCAAAAAAACUUGGAGGCCUGUGUUAGCCCAUACCUGAGGAGCUGGUUUGAAGAUGCCAUCUGCCCUAUCCAGAGGGUUGUGCAGCUCUUCCAGGACAAACUUGCCUCUCUGCUACAUGCUGCUCUGAGUUACACUCCUGUAGAAGUCAAAAAUGCAGAUGAAAGAACAGAAAAGGACAUCAGCAGGUUCCUGGCAGCUGCCAGUCUCCAAGGACUUGUCCAGGAAGGCACAAUGACUUCUCUGUGCAUUGCCAUGACAGAGGAACAGCACAAGUCCAUGGUUAUAGACUGUAGUGGACCUCAGCCCCAGCUGCAUAAUGCAGGAAGCAACAGAUUCUGUGAGGACUGGAUGCAAGCUUUUGUGAAUGGUGCUGAAGGUGGAAAUCCAUUUCUCUUCCGGCAGAUUUUGGAAAACUUUAAAUUGAAGGCUAUCCAGGACAUUAACAACCUGAAGAGGUUUAUCCGCCAGGCUGAAAUGAACCACUACGCCCUCUUCAAGUGCUACCUGUUCCUAAAGAACUGUGGCAGUGGAGACAUCCUGCUGAAGAUUGUGAAAGUAGAACAUGCAGAAAUGCCAGAGGCCAGGAACGUAGUGACCGUCCUGGAGGAAUUCAUGAGAGAAACAUCAGUGGCUUAAAAUUAUCUUAUGUAUAAAUCAUUAAUUUCUUCUGUGCAGUGCAGCUAUUGCUGGAUUUUUAAUUUAUAUUUAAAAGUAUUGUCCAAGUCAAAUCUUAGCUGCAGUUUCACCUGCCUUUUCUUGGUUUUAGACAAAGCACUAUGAGCUUUUUUAAUGUGUACAUAUCAGAUAAUACAAACUCCUGCAGAGUUUUCAGAUUCUCCAACUGACUUGCUCCUGUUCUGAGGAAAUCAUGACAUUUGAUUUUUAUAGUCAUUGCAAAACCAAACCUAAAUCCCUUACCUGGCAAGCAUGUCACUGUUCUAAAUAAUUUAAAUAUCUUUAAAAUAAUUUAGAUCUGGCUGCUUUGUUUUUAUAAAGAAGUGCAAACAUCUGGAUAGAUCUAGAUAAUGAAUUAAUCAUUUUAGUUUAGAAAUGAGAAUCUAGGUACCAAGUCUGUGUCUGGUUUCUGCUUUCAAACUGCUGGUUUGUUCUGCUGCCACUGGAUAAACAAGUUGGUAGCUGUAUGAAGCAGAGCUGCCUGAAGACUGAGCCAUUGCUGUGGUCAGUUUGUAUGUGCCUGUAUGUGUGCAUACACACACACAACAGGUACCUGAAAUUUCCAGGCUAUUUGAUGUAUCCUCUUCUUCCUUAGGCUGAGAUGUGAUCAAGACCUUCUUUGUAUGUUCUUAUAUUACAGUUUUGCAUAACUGUCAAUAAUGCUAUGUUUUUCAGUCAUGAAGAAACUAAAGAGUUUCUUCUUUAACAUUUAAUAUUAAGACUUUUCCAGAAUUUGAAAUAAAUGAACUUCCCAAAUUAA